AUGAGAUUACAGGUCGCUUAUGUGUUUCGAAAGGAUCAGGUCCAUAAAUCCUUCCAUAAACGUGAUGCUUUCGCGUACUAUACUGCGGCGAGCGUCCUUACCCCUCCUGUUAUAGAGGGCAACUCGGUGCUUUCUGCCAGACAGAACACUAACCUCUAUGAGAACGCGGACGGCUAUGCUAUUGUCGAGUACGGAGACGAGAACCUGAGCUAUCAUGCCCGCCUACCAUCUACCAUCUUGGAUAUUAUCAGAGACGAGUGUGGAGAGACAGCUUGCAACCCUUCCGGAGGCUUGGAUUUGUUGACCCUCGUUUUCAACUCGGACCGUGCCAAUGAUGUGUCAUACGUUGGUUGUGGAAUUUGCAAGGCUCUUUCAGUUGAUCCAGCUGGAGUCGGCCUUGUUAACGCCGCCGCUGGUACUGGUAUUUCCAUGCUGUCGAUCGCUAUGGAUUGCUACAGACUAAGCAGGAUGGUAAUAAGUCCAAGGCCUUAUGCCGGCGCGAUACGUUUCCAUCCUGCUCCUCGGUUCAUCGUGGGGCACUGUUUCUCUCUGUCUCUGUCUAAUGCGCAACCAAAUGCAUGA